AAAACCCGGGGCAGGUUUGAACUGGCCUUCUUUACCAUUGGAGGAUGUUGUAUGACUGGGGCUGCCUUUGGGGCAGUGAACGGUCUUCGGCUAGGAUUGAAGGAAACCCAGACUAUGGCCUGGUCCAAACCAAGAAAUGUACAGAUUUUGAAUAUGGUGACUAGGCAAGGGGCACUGUGGGCCAAUACUCUGGGUUCUCUAGCUUUGCUAUAUAGUGCAUUUGGUGUUAUCAUUGAGAAAACACGAGGUGCAGAAGAUGACCUGAACACAGUGGCAGCCGGAACCAUGACAGGCAUGUUGUAUAAAUGUACAGGUGGGCUUCGAGGAGUUGCCCGAGGGGGUUUGGCAGGCCUAACACUUACCAGCCUGUAUGCACUAUAUAACAACUGGGAGCACAUGAAAGGGUCCUUGCUCCACCAGUCACUUUGAAGAUUCUGCCAACUCAUGGAGGACAUUUGUAGUAUCCAGUUAAUAAGUCAGUCUGGAUUUACUUUCUCCUGCCUACAGUUAGCUUGGAAAAUUGAAGAUUCUGAUUUACUGUGAUGAAGAUGAUCAUGGAUAACCAGGACCAGCAGCCCUUCUUGCUCUCAGUGAGCUGAAGCCAAAACCUUGGUGGCUGAGUAAUGUGGUUCUAUUCUCCUUUGGAGAUGACCUUGCACCUAUUUGUUCUUUCCCCUAUCCUGAACAGGAAAGUCACUCAACUCCCAGAAUUCAGGUCAUGCUUCAGUCCUUUAUCACACAAUUUGUUCAUUAAUGGAUCUGAAACUGUAAUACUCUAAUAUCCUGUACUCUAAAGGGUGAAAAUAGAACCAAAGUCAUACAACUCCAAUGUAAACUGUCUAAAUUUGAAAACAUCUGGGUAUAAAAU